AUGAAGGAGUCUCUUCGUUGUGUUCUGUCAUCAGGGGUAUCUGACGAAUGGGGCCAGGCCGGGUCGCACGAUGACAAGAAACUGCCCUCAGCAUCACCCGCCAGCGAAACAGCCGCCUCUCAAAGUUCAGGGCAAGCUCUGGCACAUCGAAAUCGACAUAUCAAGUGGGAAGCCGACAUUAGUGUGGACGACACCGGAAGUGUAACAUUCCACAACUCGACGUCUCCCAUCCAUGAGCCGCCCUCAAGUCAACGCCAUCAUCAGUCGAUAACAGCUCAACUCAAUUACAAUGGAAAUCUCCACGAAGACCAGCGUGUGAAACGCGAUUUGAUUUUAAACGCCACUCACCAAAGACAGAUUGAACCUUUCGCAAUUGCGAAUGGUGCUGCAAAGACCAAUGUGCCAAAGGAAAUUUCAAACGAAUUGCUCAAGUAUCACUGGUGCUGGCAGCAUCCUUUAUUUCUGUUCGUGUACAGGCCUGCCUUUACGAGAGGAAUGGCCAUGGUGGAUCUGAAUACUCCAGGUGCUCAAGACCCACCAUACUUUUCAGAAACCCUGCUGAAGGUGAUACAUGCUCAUUGUGCCCGAUUCUUGAAUCACGACGUCUACCAGGACCAAUAUCAUAGUGUUCUGAGCCAGCACAGCCCCAUGGCGAGCUCGAUGAGCGCCGGGGAGUUUAUGCAAAAAAUGACCGAUGAGGCGCGAUUUGGCUUGGGCAUGGACAUGCUGAGGAACAGCUCUAUUCCUACCAUUCAAGCUCUGCUACAACAGUCCGCGAGAGAAGUCAUGUUUGGAAGAAACGCGCAAGCAUGGACCUUUUCCGGUGUCGCAUUUCGUAUGGCCUUGGACAUGGGCAUUCAUCUUCCCAGUGACAAACUCCAAGCUUUCGUGAAAAGCCUGACACCCGAAGACAUCGAGAUUCGAAAGCGAUUGUUCUGGAGCUGCUACACCUGGGAUAAAAUCCUAUCCCUGUAUCUCGGCCGAAUGCCCGGUUUCACCCCAGCGACCGAGGAGGUUCCCCUGACCUUCAUGGACGACUACAGUGACAGUGAUCUCUGGGCACCCUACUACGGAGAGACACCACCGCCUGAGCUCGCGAAUGUCCCUAACUACCCUCCUUGCCCUGGCUAUGUGGUCUCAUGCUUCCGGCAGUUGUGCAAGAUUUGCGUCAUUCUCAACGAUCUGAUGCACAGCAUAUAUUCCUCUGAGGCCGCCGCCCGUCGUGAGAUGGGAGAGGAAGACCAUUCAGCGGAGGCCAAGGCAGCUAGUGAGGCACCUUUUGUGAGAAUCUCGCGGGAUCUACGAGACUGGCUCAUUUCUUUGCCUCCUCAUCUGCGAAUCAAUCCCGACCAAAUGCCAUCUCUAGCACCACCAGUGCAUAUCAUGUCACUGAAUCUCCUCUACCAUACAACGGUGAUUCUUUUACACCGCCCGCUUGUGCUUGGAGCACGAGACAUGAGCGCGCCAGGACCAGCACGGUCAUGGCAAAUGUGUAUCCAGGCAACGGGUGCCAUUCAUGAUCUCAUCAUGCUGCAAGCGAACACUUUCGGACUGAACCACGUCUCCUAUCUCAAUGCUUAUAGCGUUUACAUUGCCGCAACAAUUGCCGUUCUGCGGUUUGAAAGAGAAUCCCAACCGGGCGAAGACCCGGGGGUUGCAGCACAAAAGAAUGGCUUGAGCUUUCUCUUGGAGGUCUUGCAAAAGACAUCCAGUACCACGCCCGCUUUGGAGCGCAGCAACGCCAUCAUACGAAAAAGAAUGAAGGCCGCCUUAGAUCGCCAAAAGGCCCAGCAAGGUCAGGUUAGGAGGACCUACUCGAACGGAUCAACACCACCCAACACUAAAUUCAGCAUUCCAACCCCAACGAGUCAUCAGAUGGACCUCGCGCAGCCGACAGUCUUUCAAGCACUUUCAAAUCCGGCCUUGGUGCAUGGCACCUAUUCACAAGCAGAUACUCCAGGCUCCUUCGCCGCGCCCAUGCAAUGGCAAUCAGGGAUGAGAAGCAGUCUCUACUCGGAACCCGCUCACGGAUCCGAAGACUUCUUACCAGCUUUCCCUGGACAACAAUUCCCAGUAGGCUCCGAGCACAGCUUUGGCAGCAACGAGGUCGACCCACACGCAAGGACAGCACUCCUAGGUUACAAUCUCGAUCCACAUCCCAGAUUGAGUACAGGGGAUAUCGAUUGGAAUUUUAUGGAUAAUUUUGAGGGCCAAUCAGUUCAUAUGUGA